UGCAAAGAAAACAAAACACUGAAACACACUAAAGACCUGUUUGGCUCGUGUAGGGUUGUUUUUGAAGGUUGUGUUCUGGUUUCGUAUUAAAAUGGCUCUGUAAGCCAGUUAUACGUUCAGUCUUCUUCUGCCAAGAUGCUGAAACUAAACUAUCUGAACUAUAUUUUGAUCGCCCUGAUCGGUCUCGCGAUCUGUGAGUCACAAAAGCCCGAGGAAGUUGAAGUUGAGAGUCUGGAUUGCCUGGAAAAUACUUGUAUGGGAUUGGAUUUUCCUAUUGUUUCAAAGAUUGCCUACUUCUCAGAAAAGGUGACCAACAAUUUGAGGGACUACGAAUCUCUCAUUCUGCACAGCUCCCAUUUGGCCAAUCUGCCCAGAAAAGUAUUCCUUAACCUUCCUCAACUUGUGGAAUUUGAUGUCUUGGAGUGUCACCUUCAACAAAUUGAAAGAGCGUGCUUUGAGGGUGCCGAUUACUUAAAAAGACUCAAUCUAGGUGGAAAUAACAUAGGAGUUUUGGAGAGCAACACCUUUGAACUAGCCACACAAUUGGAAGAGCUCAACUUGUCGGACAAUCAGCUGGAGGAACUUCCUGUCAAUAUAUUCCUGUCACUCAAGAAGCUAAAAAAGAUCAACUUGUCCAACAAUCAGCUGAAGACAAUUUCAUUGAAUACUUUUUCAAAACUAGGAUCUCUAAAAUCCAUAAAUCUGGACAGCAAUAAGCUGGUGGAACUGCCCGGUGAACUAUUCAGAGAUCAGCGAAAACAUUUAACAGAAUUCUCAGCCAGAAGUAAUCGUCUAGAAGAAAUUCCUUCAAAUAUAUUUUCAAAAAUAGAGGGUCUCUUUCUUUCGUUCAAUCCUCAACUGAAAAGUCUCCAUUUAACAGCCAAUAUUGAUCUGCUGCAGGCCACCAAUUGUGGUCUCGAAUCAGUCAAGUUGGAUGGACGCGUGAUUGGUGUCCGACUGGAGGAUAACCUCAAUUUGAAAGAGUUAAAAAUAUCCCAGCCUCAGGAUCUGGAGCAACUCUAUUUGGCCAAUACCAAUCUGACCAGACUUGAAUUUCUGCCCAAGGCCAGUAAGUUAGUUGACCUGGAUCUGACAGGCAUUGAGAAUCUCUGGGACUUGCCUAAAAUUUCUUCAGCCAAGGGAUUGGAACGAUUGAGCUUUACUUACGACAACAUAACAUCUGAUCACAUGGACAUGCUGCCUCAAUUGAAGGAUCUCAACUACUUGGAGAUUUCCCAUGACAAGGGAAGGGAGAUCUUUAUAAAAGAUCUGGAUGAAGAUUUCUUUGUGGACGAGGCGGAACUUGAUUGUGGACAGUUGGCGGAUCUGUUGGAGUUUGUCGAACUGCCGAAGGACACAACCAUCUUGGAAGAUCGAUUGGUAGGAGAUCCUCGACGGCCACUUAGAUGUGGAGCCGCAUAAAAUUUAAUGUUUAAAUCCAAAAUAAAUUAUUCAAUACAAACAUGA